AUGUCGACAGACACCCCGAUGGGGAGUGCUUCUCCGCUCUUAAGUCCCGCCCAUGCAUCCGGUGAAGGUAUUGACGGGCCUGUCAUUCUCAAACAACAGAUCCAGCCCAUUCCGAUCUUUCCUUUUGGCAAGGUCGACGCCCAAGCAAACCCCACUGAUAUGAAAUCUGGCGUACCAAAUGAUUCUACGUACCACCCUCCCUCGCAAGACUACAUCACCGCCUUAAUGAAGCAAGUAGCUGACCUCAAUAUCCGCAUAUCGCACUUUACACCCCAGACUCUCAUGGCUGUGACCGACAACAAUAACUCCGUCCAGCAAGAUGACAAUACCGAUCCCCUUAAACGUCCUACUCGAGCUCCUUUGAGCUCAGAUCCCACCACCAUCACGGCCAGGAUCUUCAUACGCAUCCCAUGCCUCUUUAUCCUGGUGAUCAUACUCCUUCAGACAUUCUACGCGCACUACAACAACUUACGGGACUCCCGCUUCUGGUGGAGUGCGGCCUACGAUUGGUGGUUCGCCACUGACACACUCAACACGAAAGUUGGCACGCCGUUGAAGUAG